CCUGAUCAAUCACUGAUUGGUAAUUCUCAUCACGUCCGUUCGACUUUCACCGCUCGGCUGAGUCAUAAUGGCGUGCAAGCCAGUGGCCACGAGUGCAAGCAAUUGACUGUCAUUUCGAGGUGAACAAACAUUGAAAUUUGAAUCAUCAAAAUUGCCCAGUGAAUUUUGGAAAUAAUUGAGAGGUGGAAAUUAUAUCGAGAAACAAUAAAGAUGCAGCAGGCGAUGUUACGCUGCAAUGGUGUUCCAACCCACGUAAUAACCGAGGGUCGUUGGGUUGAAGAGGGUCUAUUACCGGACGGCCACAAAGACGUUGUACUGGUCAUCCCCGGUAAUCCCGGCAUUCCAACUUUUUACACUGGUUUCAUCAAAGCCCUGAAAUCGCGUUUACCUACUGAGACACCAGUGUGGGUGUUGGGCCAUGCUGGACACGUACUACCACCCAAGACACUGAGUUUUCCAUCGGAAGAGGAUGCACAGAGUCGGGCAUACUCACUCCAAGGCCAGAUCGAGCACAAGGUGGCGUUUGUCAAGGAAUACAUUCCGAAAGAUGCGAGGGUGCAUCUCGUGGGGCAUUCCAUUGGCGCUUGGUUCAUCCUUAAACUUUUGGAGGAUGAGGAAUUCGCCAAAAGAGUUGUUAAAUGUUAUUUGCUGUUCCCGACGAUUGAACAUAUGGCUGACACUCGCAGUGGAAUUUUCUUCACUAAUGUCUUAUUGAGACUCGCUCCAUUACUAUUUUUCCUCGCCUGGAUUUUCACAUUCUUCCCCACAAUCCUGCGGAAUUUCCUCGUGAGAAUUUUCGGAAUGUUAUUCGUGGGUUUCGGUAGUCAAUCAGUGCAGCCUGUGCUCCAAUUGAUCGAGCCAGAGGUACUCAAGCGAGUUUUCCUAAUGGGAAAAGAGGAGAUGCAGCAAGUACGAGAGCUGAACCACGAAAUUGUCUCAAAAUACAGUGAUAAAUUGUGGUUGUACUACGGAGCUAGUGACGGUUGGACCCCAGUGCGAUAUUACGACCGUCUCAAAGCGAGACAUCCAGAUGUGCAAGCUCAACUCUGCAAACGCGGAUUUCGACAUGCCUUCGUCCUCUCGAAUGAGAAAGACGUGGGUAGAAUGGUUGGGGAUCUCAUAAACGAGACUAUUCAUUGAUGAAUUUUAAAUUAUCUAGACAAUUAGAGAAAUGUGGCAUUUAAUUUUGAUAAAUAAAUAGUUGGGCUCCCACCGGUUGUUGGAAAAAAUGAAAUAUAUUUAUUGAAUAUACCGUUUGAGAAACCCCCUAAUUCUAGAAAUCCCACGGAGUUAUUGAAUUGCCAAUGGAAUGCGAUGAUUUUUUCCAUAUAAACUACAAUUCUUCCCUUUGUGAUGAGCCUAAACUGAAUUCAAUUGCUAAAUUUGAUGCUGAGUUAUGAACAUUGCAAAAAAGUCGAAAAUGUUCAUUUCACUCCAUUUUCGAGCGCAUUCAUUAAUGAAUUUUAAAUUAUGUAGAGCAUUGGAGAAAUGUUGCAAUUAAUUUUGGUAAAUAAAUAGUUGAGCUCCCACUGGUUGUUGGAAAAAAUGAAAUAUAUUUAUAGAAUAUACCGUUUGAAACCCCCUCGUCUUCCAGGGCAGUGAAAAUUUAAUGCGACUAAUUCUAGAAAUCCUACCGAGUUAUUGAAUUGGCGAUGCAAUGCGACGAUUUUUUCCAUAUAAAAUACAAUUCUUCCCUUUGUGAUGAGCCUAAACUGAACUCAAUUGCUAAAUUUGAUGCUGAGUUAUGAACAUUGCAAAAAAGUUGAAAAUGUUCAUUUCACUCCAUUCUCGAGCGCAUUCAUUAAUGAAUUUUAAAUUAUGUAGGGAACUGGAGAAAUGUCGCAUUUAACUUUGAUAAAUAAAUAGUUGAGCUCCCACUGGUUGUUGGAAAAAAUGAAAUAUAUUUAUUGAAUAUACCGUUUGAAACCCCCUCGUCUUCCAGGACAAUGAAAAUUU